UGUGCAGUCGCUGUGCCGUGCCUCGAGCCAGCGCUGAGUGGAGCCUGUCUGCCAACAGCUUCAGCAGCGGCUCUAUCUGGAUCCUACUUCACUCUCUGACAAUUAAAGGAGGCCCCCCCUCUUUUCUUCUCAUUUUCGAGGAUUAUUUGUCACCAUGGGCGACAAAAAGAGCCCUACCAGGCCAAAAAGACAAGCCAAACAGAGCGCCGACGACGGCUACUGGGACUGUAGCGUGUGCACGUACAGGAACACCGCCGAGGCGUUCAAAUGCAGCAUCUGCGAUGUGAGGAAGGGCACAUCCACAAGGAAACCCAGGAUAAACUCCCAGCUGGUAGCCCAGCAGGUGGCUCAGCAGUACCCCAUGCCUCCCCCUGCCAAAAAGGACAGGAGAGAGAGGAGCGAGCGCCCGGACAAGGAGCGCCUGCACAGCGAAGGAGAGCGGGCUGGUGGAGAGGGACACCCUGAGGGAGAGCGUCCAGACAGAGUGAGGCUGGAGGGAGAGACCCCCGAGAACGACAAGAGUGACAAAGAGCAAGCCAUCGUAGACAAACCUGACAGAGAGAAGGACAUCAGCCCAGCUGUCACAAAAAAGCCCAGCAGCAAAAAAACCAGACCCAAAUCAGACAGCCAUCAGAGCCCACCCAGUGACAAACAGAGCAUACAGUCUGGGAAGUCUGCAACCAAGACCAACAAAAACUCWCACAAUUCCAG